AUGGCGGUCCUUCGCUAUGCUGCACAUCUCCCGUUCGCUCAGACUCGAGUCGUCUCGUCUGCUUACUGGGGCCGCUCGUCGCCUUUCACUCGCAGACGUCUUGCCACGGCAGCCUCACCCUCGUCUCUGUUUUCUGCGUUGGACACGUUCGCCGACCGUCAUAUAGGCCCUGACGACCAUGAAGUGUCCCACAUGCUCUCCACGUUGGGUUAUGAGUCCAUGGACGCGUUCAUCGCCGCUACUGUACCCUCUAAGAUUCGAGUUGCAUCUACGUCAGUUAGCAAUGAAUCUAUACCUGUUUACAGCGAGUCCGAGCUUCACAGACGAGCAAGGGAGCUCGCGAGUGAGAACAAGCCAUUCCGCAGCUUCAUUGGGAUGGGAUACCAUAAUGCCGUCGUACCCCCGGUCAUUCUGCGUAAUAUCAUUGAAAGUCCCGCGUGGUACACUCCGUAUACCCCAUACCAGCCUGAAAUUGCUCAAGGACGCCUCGAAUCUCUGGUCAACUUUCAGACUAUGAUAAUGUCUCUGACGUCUAUGGACAUUGCGAACGCUUCACUUCUGGAUGAAGCCACGGCAGCGGCUGAAGGCAUGGUCAUGUCAUACAUGAAUUCCAAUCAGAAGAAACGCACAUUUUUGGCUGACAUUGGCGUUCUUCCUCAAACAAUUUCGGUUCUCCAGACUCGGGCUAAGGGUUUCGGCAUUCGACUCAUCGUUGCGGACGUCGUCUCAUCUUUGCAGGAUAAGGAUAUACUCUCGGACCUUUGCGGUGUGCUGGUGCAAUACCCCGACGUAAACGGUAGCAUCAAGGAUUUUGGCGGCAUUACACAGACUGUUCAUUCCUCAGGCGCGCUCCUGGUUUGCGCUAGUGACCUCCUUGCUCUGACUAUGCUGAAGCCACCCGGUGAAUGGGGUGCGGACAUUGUAUUGGGAAACUCAGCUCGCUUUGGUGUCCCUGCUGGCUACGGCGGUCCACAUGGUGCUUUUUUCGCAGUUACUGACAAAUUGAAGCGCAAGAUGCCCGGCAGGUUGAUUGGCAGGAGUAAGGACGUACAGGGAAACCCUGCAUACAGAUUGGCCCUGCAGACUCGUGAACAGCAUAUUCGCCGCGAGAAGGCGACCAGUAACAUCUGUACCAGCCAGGCCUUGCUCGCUAACAUGGCCGCCAUGUAUGCUGUUUACCACGGUCCCGAUGGCAUCCGACGCAUUGCGCAAAAAGUGCAUGCCCUUACCCAGGUUGUCAAGUCGGCAGUGGAGAAGUACGGAUACAACGCCAUUACCUCGGAAUUCUUCGACACUGUUACAUUCGACGUUAGCGGCGUUGUGAAAGACUCGGAAACGGUCCACACUGCGGCACGUUUGGAGAAAGUCAACCUACGGAGGAUCGACUCCAGUCACGUUGGUGUCACCUUCGACGAGAGCGUUUCCACUGAAGACGUUGUGAGAGUCAUUAAUGUGUUUGCGUCUGCUGCUUCUGCCUCCCCGCUUUCUCUUGCGGAUGUCGCGCUUCCGGAGUCUUCUGCUGUACCCCAAAUUUUACAACGGACGUCCCAGUAUCUCCCACACUCCGUGUUUAAUACGCACCACUCGGAGACGGAGAUGUUGCGUUACAUCUACCACCUUCAGUCUAAGGAUCUCGGCCUUGUCCACGCCAUGAUCCCACUCGGCAGCUGCACCAUGAAGCUUAACAGCACGAGCAGUAUGAUUCCCCUUACGUGGCCUGAGUUCGGCGGUAUCCACCCCUUUGCGCCGACAGAUCAGGUGAAAGGAUAUAUAGAGAUUAUAAAGGAACUUGAGUCAGAUUUAUGCAAGAUUACGGGUUUCUAUGCUUGCUCCGUGCAGCCAAACUCUGGUGCGGCAGGUGAAUACGCGGGUCUCUCUGUCAUCAGGGCCUAUCAUGAAAGCCGCGGGGAGGGCCAUCGGGAUAUUUGUCUGAUCCCCGUCAGCGCACAUGGAACGAAUCCUGCCUCCGCUGUAAUGGCUGGUUUGAAGGUAGUCCCUGUGAAGACUCAUGCAGACGGGAACUUGGAUCUUGAUGACCUUCGGACGAAGGCUGAAAAGCACAAAGAUCAGCUUGCUGCCUUCAUGAUCACAUACCCAUCGACAUUCGGUGUCUUCGAACAUGGUGUGCAAGAUGCUUGCAAGAUCAUCCAUGACAACGGUGGUCAAGUCUACCUUGAUGGUGCAAACCUGAAUGCUCAAAUUGGAUUGACAAAUCCUGCAACUUGCGGCGGCGACGUGUGCCACAUGAACCUCCACAAAACCUUUGCAAUUCCUCACGGUGGCGGAGGUCCGGGUGUUGGGCCUAUAUGUGUUGCAGAACAUCUCGCGCCGUUCCUUCCUUCCCAUCCUGUCAUCUCAACCGGGGGUGACCAAGCCAUUCAUGCUGUCUCUGCUGCGCAAUAUGGGAGUGCCUCCAUCCUCCUCAUUUCUUGGGCCUACAUUAAGAUGCUUGGCGGCGCCGGACUGUCCGCUUCCUCGAAAAUUGCUUUGUUAAAUGCGAAUUAUAUGGCCCACCGUCUAUCUGGCCACUACAGCUUGCGAUACAAGAACAACAACGGUCGUGUAGCUCACGAGUUGCUCAUUGAUCUGGCCGAAUUUGAUAAAGCGGCUGGACUGAAAGUCACUGACUUUGCCAAGCGUCUGCAGGACUAUGGCUUCCACCCCCCUACAUGCUCUUGGCCCAUCUCUACCUGCAUGCUGAUUGAACCCACGGAGUCGGAACCGUUGGCAGAAAUUGACAGGUUCUGUGAUGCGAUGAUACAAAUUCGGCAGGAAGCCGAAGACAUUAUAUCCGGCAACCAGCCGAAAGACAACAAUCUACUGAAGAAUGCCCCUCACCCAAUUUCUGUGAUUGCAUUGUCCGAGAAGGAAUGGAAUCGCCCAUACUCUCGUCAGACGGCAGCAUUUCCGGCACCGUGGCUUCUAGAGAAGAAGUUCUGGCCAACGGUUUCUCGAAUUGAUGACGCGUAUGGCGAUCUGAACCUGAUCUGUGAUUGUCCCUCUGUCGAGGAAUCGGCGGCUUCUUCUGCGUAG